AGCUUAUACGUUACGCUAACGUUAGCAUUACUGCUCCGCUCACCUGAGAAGUGACUCGAGACCUCAGGUUGUGGCAGGCUGGUAGAUGAUGAAGUGAUGGAGAUGUUAGGAGGCCACGGCCAUUGUGAUGCUGGGUGGCUGUUAGUCUGGAACUGCCAUCUGCCGAAAGGUCAGUUGCUAGGGGACGAUUCUCCUGGACCGUGUCUGCCUCCCAGCUGCCAUCCACACUCCCACUCAGAUGCACACACACUCAAGGUGCUGUGUAAUGAUAUUCUCAACCUGAAGGUGGCAGGAGAUCCAGUGCUAACCCCUAACUCAGUGUGCCUGAGGCUGGCAGGCCUCAGCAAGCGUCAGAUGAGGAUGUGUGUGCGAAGCCCCGAUGUGACGGCCUCCGCUCUGCAGGGCAUCCAGGUGGCCAUUCACGAAUGCCAGCACCAGCUCCGGGAUCAGCGCUGGAAUUGCUCCUCACUGGAGGGACUUGGCAAGCUUCCCCACCACAACACCAUCCUCAACAGGGGUUUUCGCGAGAGUGCCUUCUCCCUGGCCCUGUUGGCAGCGGGCGUGGCUCACUCUGUGGCCUCGGCCUGCAGCAUGGGCAAGCUGCGGGGGUGUGGCUGUGAGGCCAAGCGUCGCCAGGACGAUGACAAGAUCCGCCUGAAACUCACACAGCUGCAGCUGCAGACCCUGCAGAAGGGUGGAGUAGGCCUCGCCAUGUCACGAUCGUUACCCUCAGAGCUCAACGGUCACCAUGGCGACCUGCCCGCUAACCUGCGCUCCACCCAUCCCUCGGCCCUGCUCAAGCCCAUACCAGAUGAGCUGAGCUCCAUGCAGGAGACGUGGGAGUGGGGGGGUUGCAGCCAUGACGUCCGUUUUGGGGACCGUUUUUCCAGGGACUGGCUGGACUCCCGCGGCUCUCCAAGAGACAUCCACGCUCGCAUGAGGAUACACAACAACCGUGUGGGACGACAGAUAGUGACUGACAACAUGAAGAGGAAGUGCAAAUGUCACGGGACAUCAGGGAGCUGCCAGUUUAAGACCUGCUGGCAUGUGUCUCCAGAGUUCCGGCUUGUGGGUUCUCUACUCAGGGAAAAGUUCUUGUCAGCCAUCUUUGUCAACUCCCAGAACAAGAACAAUGGGGUUUUCAACCCUCGAACAGGAAACAGCGCCGGCGGAAGCACAGGCGGACCCAACAGAGGUCGCCGACGGACCAUGUCCAGAGAGCUGGUGUACUUUGAGAAGUCUCCUGACUUCUGUGAGCGCGAUGCCUCUGUAGACUCUCCAGGUACACAAGGACGCAUUUGCAACAAAACCAGCUACAGCACAGACAGCUGCGGCUCGCUGUGCUGCGGCCGCGGACACAACAUCCUGAGACAGACACGCAGUGAGCGCUGCAACUGCAGGUUCCACUGGUGUUGCUACGUGCUGUGUGAGGAGUGUCGUCUCACAGAGUGGGUCAGUGUGUGCAAGUAGAUCUUGUCCCAGAUGCCUUUACCUAUCCCAGACUCAAGAUGGUGAGCCUGUCCCCUCUCCCACUCCUUUUGUUCGAGCCUUUGUUUUCCUCCUUGUGUAACUCUCCCAGAAGUCUGUUUAUCCCCCCUUUCCUUUUUUUGUGUCCAUCAUCUGGGAUCUAUUUUCUCUUUGUAGCCGCUGUUAUUCUCAAAAUGCCAAGUCAGAGAUUGAAGAGGUGACUCACGACAUUUGUCCUGCUAUGGUUGUUUAGACGCUGCCCUCUCAGCCAUGAAAACAGCAAAUACCCAAUCUUUUCUAUCCCACCAAACAAAGCAACAGUGAACAGCAAAGAAACAUUCCUGUUGUAGACAUUUCUAUAUGUCUACAUGAUGACUCAUCACAUUGUAUAAUAGGUGUGUAUUUCAAUCUGUACAUGUAUAUUUGUAAAUGUAUUAUUAUUAAUAUUAAGAUUGUGUUGUGCCUUUCUUUUUGGUUAUAGUUACUGACAGACUUAUGCGUAAGAGUGGUUUAGUGCUGUAAAACAGAUCAAUUGAUAUCACAUUGAACUGGUCUCUUCUGAUGAUCAUCAAGAUACAUCCAUCUGUUUUCAACCGGUAUCCGGAGUCGGGUUUGCGGAGUAAGCAGAUUUCCAAGAUAUUAACUCCAUUUGAAUGUCUUGCACCUGUGGCUAGAAAAGGGCCACAAUACUUAUUUUGAAUAAGUCAGAACAUUUAGACAAGGCUUUAACUAAUGGAAGAAGGAAAUUGUUUUUUUGUGGUUUUUAACUGACUGAUACAUCUGAUAGAUCUCAGGACAGAGAGAACACUUGUAUACUGGUAAAACUAAAAGUGGCAAAGUCCUGAAAUUCCUAAGGCUGAACCACUAACACAAUGUUGGUUAUGCAAACCGUUCGAACGUUAGAAAAUGGUCGCAGGUAGUCAUAUUUUUGUAUGAAUAUAGCUGUGAUACAAUGUGUCAUUUUUCUUAUGAAUUGAUGACAGAGCGCUUCUUAUUCUGUGCUUUCUUUUGUCAAUUUUGUCCGAGUACUCCUUAAAUUCUUCCCACAUGUAGUACAUGUCAAAGUGAGAGAUGGCUUUAGUCUUGAACUGAUGCUGAAGGAAGUGUGUGUGUGUGUGUGUGUGUGUGUUUGUGUGUGUGUGUGUGU